AAGUUUCUGAACUGGAGCUUGCGUCAAACUGUAAAACAUCUUAGGAUCUCCAGUCGGAGCGUGAAAGUCCGAUUCAAUGGGAGACAACAGCGCUACAACCACCGCACCUUCGCCGGCGAAAACCGCCGCGGUGGAAGAUGCUCUUCUCAAGCAAUUCUUUGCUGAGGUCAGUGAAGUUGAACGCGAUAACGAAGUUAACAGGAUCCUUUCAUGCUUCAAGUUGAAUCCUUUUGACUACCUUAACCUGUCAUUUGAUUCAUCCAUUGAUGAAGUCAAAAAGCAAUAUCGUAAGUUAUCUUUGCUUGUUCACCCUGACAAGUGCAAGCAUCCACAAGCAAAGGAGGCAUUUGGCGGUAAGGAAGUUGCUCUUCCUUUCUGUGCCACUUUGUAUUCCAUUUAUUUUAGGUGGUUCUUUGAGUGAAGGAUUAUUCUAUUU